CCUUCAGAAUGAAAUGGAACUAUGCGUUUGCGAUGAUUGCAACACUCGCUGGAGGGGACACAACUCUGUGUGACAGAAUAAGUCAGAGUUCAAAGGUCUCAGGUCAACGAGCUGUGAUAUCUCUUGACAGAUUGGUGUUAUAAGCCUUCAUCCAAGAUCUCCCUCCUCAGCCGCUGCUUGUGUGUUAGGUGUUCAUACAGACAUGGGUCGUGUGGAUGGGAAAGUUGUCAUUGUGACUGCGGCAGCCCAGGGCAUCGGCAGAGCAUCAGCUGAGGCACUAGCGAGGGAGGGAGCCCGCGUGAUUGCAACUGACAUCAAUGCUGACAAGCUGAAGGAGCUGGAAUCGGUGAAAGGCAUCGAGACACAGCUCUUGGACGUCACAUCCACAGCGGAUGUUGAAGCAUUUGUGGCCAAGUUUGACAAGAUUGACGUCGUAUUCAACUGUGCUGGGUUUGUUCAUACUGGCACCAUAUUGGACUGUGAUGAAAAGUCGUGGGAUUUCGCCUUCGACAUCAAUGUGAAGAGCAUGUAUAGGUUGUGCAAACAGGUCAUUCCCAAGAUGGUGGCCGAGAAGAGGGGCAGCAUAAUCAACAUGUCCUCCGUGGCUUCCAGUAUCAAAGGUAUCCCCAACAGAUUUGUGUACAGUACUACCAAGGCUGCUGUCAUUGGGCUGACGAAGGCCAUGGCUGCCGACUUCUGCUCCCAGCAUAUCAGACUCAACUGCAUCUGUCCAGGCACUGUGGACACGCCUUCGCUCAGGGACAGGAUCAACGCCCUCCCGGACCCAGAACAGGGUAUGAAAGAUUUCAUUGCUCGUCAGAAGUUUGGCCGUCUGGGAACAGCGGAAGAGAUUGCUAGCCUGGUGCUGUAUCUAGCAUCAGAUGAGUCCUCGUAUGUAACCGGGCAGGAGUUCAUCAUUGAUGGUGGCUGGAGUCUGUAACACACUGGCUCCUCACAGCGGCUCCUCACAGCUUGUGCUGGAGGAUUCCCCUGUGCCCCCCAAAGUGGGCCUUUGUGACAAACCACCCCACCCACCCCACCCAACCCC